UCCCCUCUUCGAACACACUUCACAAUACAACAUCCUUUCUUCUUUCUCUUUCAUUCAUGCUCACUUUCGUCCACUGAGAGAGACGGCUCAUUACAGAAACAACUUCGAACUCUCAAUAAUGCAAAGCUUCAAGACUGCUCAGUCCACCCCACAGCAACUCUAUUGCCACCCUUCCUUCUUUCUUCGGGGUGAUGAUGCCGGCCGAAAUCCUGCGCGUUUCUCCGAUCUUGGAGAGCUUCAUCAUUCCGUUUCUCCUUUUCAGCAUGAGGAUGCUGUUGAUUUAAGCUCAAGCUCUAUGUUUACUGUAAAGUCCAGCAAUGUCGCUGUUGUUCCUAUUAACUUGCAGUACGGGACAUUGAGCUCGAACAUCGGGUCUUCAGAAAUUGCUUCAACAGGAGCUGGGUGCCUGGAUACAGGGCAGCAUCUCAUGUAUCAGAAGGGAAUCGCGGCUGCGCCGGCCGCCGUGCCGGUCGGGAACGGACAUAUGGAGAAUUGGGGUGAUUCCGGCAUGGUGGAUAAUAGUCAACACACUGAUACUUCCACAGAUAUCGACCCCGAUGAUAAAAACCUAUGUAAUAGAAGUCAGCCUGGGAGAGCCGUGGUUGCGGAUUCCAUAGAUCAAUCUAAGGCCAAACCGGAGGAUCCGAAGACUCUUCGUAGGCUCGCUCAGAAUCGAGAGGCUGCGAGGAAGAGUCGGUUGAGGAAAAAGGCAUAUGUACAGCAGUUGGAGAACAGUCGUCUCAGACUAGCACAACUGGAGCAAGAGCUUCAACGCGCGCGACAGCAGGGAAUGCUUGUUGCAGGUGGAUUUCCUGGGGAUCAUGGUCAUUCAGUGGUUGGAAAUGGUGCCUUGGCAUUUGACAUGGACUAUGCGCGUUGGACCGAUGAGCAUCAACAACUGAUCAAUGACCUAAGAACGGCGGUUAAUUCUCAAAUGGGAGAUAAUGAACUGCAUAUUGUUGUUGAGGGUGUUACAGCUCAUUAUGACGAGUUAUUUAGGUUAAAAAGCAUAGGGGCAAAGGCUGAUGUAUUUCACAUUCUCUAUGGUAUGUGGAAGACGCCUGCAGAAAGAUGUUUUAUGUGGUUAGGUGGGUUUCGAUCGUCUGAACUUUUGAAGAUACUGAGGAACCAGCUUGAGCCAUUAACAGAGCAGCAAUUGAUGGGCUUGUAUAAUUUGCAGCAGUCUUCGUUGCAGGCUGAGGAUGCUUUAUCACAAGGCAUGGAAGCAUUGCAUCAAUCUCUUUCAGAUACACUUUCCUCAACCUUCCUCGGACCAACCGGUACUGGAAACGUCGCCGAAUACAUGAGUCAAAUGGCACUUGCUAUGAGCAAGCUUGCCACAUUGGAGAGUUUCCUCCAUCAGGCUGAUCUCUUGAGGCAACAAACACUGCAACAGCUGCAAAAAAUCCUGACAACGCGACAAGUAGCACGCUCAUUCGUUAUCGUAAAUGACUACAUUUCGCGACUGCGAGCACUUAGUUCGUUAUGGUUAGCUCGCCCUAGAGAGUAGGGAGCGAUGUAUGAUUGAUUACUCAAAAUUAGUUACAUGAAGAACCACUAGGUUUUGGUAGCUGCUAUGCUGAUGAUCUGUAAUUUUUCUGUAGAAGUUUUAAGUAAAUGGCGUGUUUCAUCAUCUUUGCCUGUACAAGUGCUGAGAAAUAUUCUGUGUAUAUUUUAACCUUCCAAGAGGUGAUUGUGAAAGAGUAACUUGUAAACGUGAAGAAUCCUUAAAUA